UCAAUAUAUAUGUAAUAUAAUUAUUGAUUUUGUUUUUCAAUAAAUAAACACAUUUCUUUUUCCAAAUGCUUUCUUGUGGUUCUUGGUUUUACUAAAUAAAGAUCCAGAUUUUCUGUUUCUCUCUCCACAACCUUUUCAUUCCAUGCAAUUUUCCCUACUACUCCAAUCACUCUACCUGCCCUUAUUUCCUUUCUUUUUCUUACUCUUUCACCCAAAACAAACAAACAAACAGACAAAUAAAAAAAAAGCUUCUCUUGCAAUCUCUUUUACUUUAUUUUUCAUUCACAACUACACCAACCAAACAUGCAUAUUCUACAACCAAACAUGUAUACAUAUUCAUUUUCUUACAUGCUCCUCCUAUUAUAAUCAUCAUUCAACCACCCAUAUCAAAGGAAAAAACUGAGAAGUACUAAACAUAAUAUAAAUAAAAUAAAAAAUAAAAAGAAGAAAUGACCUUUCUAGAAAGAUAAUUUAAUAACAUCACCAUUUCAUGCUAGCAUGCAUAAUGUUCUUCAUCGAGCUAAUUAAACAGUCUCUUCUUCUAAACAUUCAUUCAUCUUCUUUUCCUCCAAGAAAAACUAAAUUUCUUUCCUAUCUAAAAGAGAGAAAACUAAACACAACAUGAGAACUUUUUGAAAAGUAUAGUUAUGGAGAAAACAUCAAUGGAGGUCCAUAAUGUAGAGUCUCAAAUCCUCCAAGAACUACCCUUUACCACAAAUAUUCUAUCACCAUCUUCCUCUUCCUCUUCCUCUUCCUCUUCAUUUUCUUCUUCUUCUUCUUCCUCUGCUGGUUCUUCUUCUUUCAGUGCGGUUCCUUUUAUUACUUUCUCUCCUGUUCAGACUGAACUAAAUGGAACAGAGAAUCCCCACUACAUACCAGGAAAUGGGGAGUCAUCAAAACUUGACUCUUUCAAUGAAUGGUUCAGCUUUUUUGGCAUAAUGGGAAAAGGUUCUGGAAUUGAGUGGAAGCACAUUGAGAACCGAUUCGACCGGAUUUCCAUAGCUGCAAAUGUGUCUGAACCAGUUCUCAAAUGGUCGGACUUUGGUUUCUGCAUAGGGAUGCAACAAUCGCCAGAAUUUGCUUAUGAGAUAUUGAGGGCUCUAAGGGGAAGAAAGGAUUUCAAAACUUAUAUAACAAAAGGAGAACUUUAUAGUUACUGGUGUCGUUUGACUGAUCCUUGUUUUCAUUCAAGGAUAAGGAUCUUCUUUAACUUGUGUGACAAAAACAUGGAUGGAAAAAUUACUGAAAUUGACAUCAAACAGACUGUUCUGUUAAGUGCCUGUACAAAUAAAUUGUCUCUGACACAUGAGGAAUCAGAAGAAUAUGCUUCUCUGGUUAUGGAAUUUCUUGACAUAAAAUAUAGAGGCUACAUUGAGUUAUCAGAAUUUGAGUCUCUAUUCAGAGUGAGCUUGAGAAAUGGCUCUCUACCGACUAAGCAAUCAUCGGUGACACAUAAUUAUCAUGACCCUUUAACAGAGCAAACCUCAAAAGCUGAAAUUUUAUUCAGGUCGUAUUGGAGAAGAGCAUGGAUAGUAUUGUUUUGGAUUGUAGUUUGCAUUGUUCUCUUCACAUGGAAAUUCAUCCAAUAUCGGCAUCGAGCAGCUUUUGAAGUUAUGGGGUACUGUCUUUCCACUGCCAAAGGUGCAGCCGAGACCCUGAAAUUCAACAUGGCUCUAAUCCUCCUCCCUGUUUGUCGUAAUACAAUCACAUGGCUUAGGAGUAAUAGAAGGAUCAACUCAGUAAUUCCUUUCAACGACAAUAUCAACUUCCACAAGUUGAUUGCAGGAGGGAUUGUGGUAGGAGUGAUUCUUCAUGGUGGCACUCAUCUUGGUUGUGAUUUCCCAAGAAUUAGUAAAUCCAACAAUUCAGUUUUCCAACAGACAAUAGCGGCUGGAUUCGGGUACCACCAACCAUCAUACCUAGAAAUAUUAGCCACCACAGAGGUGGCAACAGGGAUUGUUAUGGUAGUACUAAUGGCCAUUGCAUUUUCACUAGCAAUUAAGUGGCCACGCCGCCAGUCACCAUUGCUACCAAGGACGGUUCGACAUGUCACUGGAUACAACACCUUUUGGUACUCUCACCACUUGUUCAUUCCUGUGUAUGCCUUACUUAUUAUCCACUCCAUGUUCCUGUUCCUAACGGACAAUGCGGCUGAAAAAACAACUUGGAUGUACAUUGCCAUUCCAACUGUUAUAUACACCGGAGAGCGGCUCCUCAGAGCCAUAAGAUCAAGCAGCUGUGAGGUUCAAAUUUUGAAGGUAAGUUUUUAUCCAGGAAAAGUUUUGUCCCUCAAGUUGCAGAAACCAGAAGGAUUUAGGUACCAGAGUGGCAUGUACAUAUUCAUUCAAUGCCCUCAAAUAUCACCGUUUGAAUGGCACCCAUUUUCCCUAACUUCAGGACCAGAAGAUGACUAUUUAAGCGUGCAUAUACGAACUCUAGGUGACUGGAGUUAUACAAUAUAUAGUAUUUUCCAAGAGGCAACACUAUCUGGAGGAAAGGAGUAUCCUAAAUUAUACAUCGAUGGGCCUUAUGGAGCUGCCUCCCAAGACCAUGUCAAGUAUGAUGUGGUUGUGCUAAUUGGUCUGGGAAUAGGAGCUACACCGUUCAUCAGCAUCCUCAAAGAUGUUGUCAAUGGCAUUAGAGAAGCAAAAGGCAACCAAAAUAGCUGCAACUUAAGAAAGGGUCGACCCGUUAAAGCCUAUCUUUAUUGGGUUACAAGAGAACAAAGCUCCUUUGAUUGGUUUAGAGAUAUAAUGAAGGAAAUAUCAAACGCUGACCAGAAGCAGUCUGUUGUAGAGGUGCAUAAUUUCCUGACCAGCAUAUAUCAGGAAGGAGAUGUUCGGUCAGCAUUGAUAAGCGCUAUUCAGGCCCUUCAUCAUGCCAAACAUGGCAUGGAUAUCGUCUCCAGGACUCCAGUACGCACACAUUUCUCUAGACCAAAUUGGUACAGCAUCUUUUCGAAGUUAGCUUGGAGACAUAGAGGAGCCAGGAUUGGGGUAUUUUACUGUGGUCCAUCUGCUUUAGCAAGAGAGUUGGAGGGAUUAUGCACCAAGUUCUCCACCAAGACAACUACCAGAUUCGUAUUUCACAAGGAGCACUACUAGAACUUUUGUAUACUUGUCAUUGUCUUGUACCAAUUCCACAACGGGAAUUGUUCAACAUCAAAAAAGGUCUAAAUGUACAUAACUACUUUAUUAUAUACAUACUUAUAUACAUAUCUCUACCGCUCAUACAGAGCAAAAAGAUGUAUUGAUCUCUAAAGUGAAUAAAUGUGAGAAUUAUACAUCAAGAUC